AUGCAGCCUUGUAGCAGAGAAAUGCAAGGGCUUAACUCCCUCUUGAACUCUUCUCAAAUUCCUCUCCACAACAACAACAACAAUAAUAAUAAUAACCAACAGCAGAUCCAAAUGAAUCACCUCAACCACUUCGAACCCACUUCCCACGAUGAUUUCCUGAAACAAAUGCUCUCCAACCUUCCUUCUUCAUCCUGGACCCUCGACCUCAACCCUAAGCCCUUAUGGGACAUCAACCCUUCCUCCAAUUCCGACGAAACGCCACCCUCUGACGCUGAUAAUGUCGCUUUCCCAUACGACGAACAAGCAAACCUGGCCUCCAAAUUCCAAAACCACCAGAUCAGUGACAAGGCUGCGGCGGCUCUCAUGCUCCAACAGCAGCUUCUCAUGUCCAGAGAUUCAGGGCUUCUCCAGAUGCCCUUGUCGUUAGGCGGCGGAGACCUUGAGUCAAACAGAAACGGCGUCGUUGACGGGUCGUCCUUCAAAUCUCACGCUCCGGCGCAGGCCGGUGAGGGUUCCGUUCAAGGACAGAAUUUUGGUGCUUCAGUUGGCGCAACGAACCAGGCCUCGGCUGGUGGUACCCUGGGUCAGCCGAAGCAGAGGGUCAGGGCCAGGAGAGGUCAAGCCACGGACCCACACAGCAUCGCCGAGAGGUUACGGAGGGAAAGAAUCGCGGAGAGAAUGAAGGCCUUGCAGGAACUGGUUCCCAAUGCCAACAAGACUGACAAGGCCUCCAUGCUGGAUGAGAUCAUCGAUUAUGUCAAGUUCCUACAGCUCCAAGUCAAGGUUUUGAGCAUGAGCAGAUUGGGCGGUGCAGCUGGUGUCGCUCCCCUUGUUGCUGAUAUAUCCUCUGAGGGAGGCGGUGACUGUAUUCAAGCUGGGAUCCAUCCACGAAACUCGAACGGUAACCAAACGGCGGCGUCGUCCGCCAACGAGAGCCUCACCAUGACGGAGCAGCAGGUGGCCAAGCUCAUGGAGGAAGACAUGGGCUCCGCCAUGCAGUACCUGCAGGGCAAGGGUCUCUGCCUCAUGCCCAUUUCCCUCGCAAACGCCAUCUCCGGCGUCACGUGUCACGCCAGGAACCCCUUGAUCAACACCGCCAACAACAAUCCAAUCAUCACAUCCAACGGUGACGGACCGUCCUCUCCGGGCAUGUCCGUGUUGACCGUCCAGUCAGCUACUGUGGGUAACGGCGGCGUGGACAGCGUCGUCAAAGACUCCUCCUCCGUUUCGAAGUCGUGAUGACGCCGCCGUUUGGUUGGGUUGUACCCUGAAAUAGAAAGAAGAGCUGACACGCUGAUGAUGACGUGGAUUUUCUCAAGUAUAGGAAAAUAAGGUGUCACUGACACGGGUGAUUCUCACGACGUCGUAUUUACCUACACUUUAGCAGAUGCUAACUUCCAAAUUUCAUGCAUCGUUCCCUUGCUAUCUUUCUGAUUCUCUUAUAUUUUAUUUUAUUUUUUACUUUUCUCUCAAUCGGAUCUCUUUUCUUUUUCGAAUUUUUGUUACAUUUUUCCUUCUG